AUGCGUCGACUACUUCACGGCUUGUCAAAAGCUCGUGUUCGAUUUUUACAUGAUAAAAGUCGUCUUAUUACAAUCGGCACCGAAGAUCAUACUAUAAUACAAUGGCGAUUUCUAAGUGAAUCCGAUGCAAUAAGUACAGCGGAUGCUAGACGUUUAUCUGUUGCGGCAUCCACUGCUGGUGAUGGUUUUUCGAUGAUAUCUGCAAGCCCAGUUGGUGCAGCUCCUAAUGUUAGUGAUGAUACAUCAGUGCUAGAAGAAGAAGAUCAACAAAUUGAAAUAGCUCAACAAGUUGGAGCAUAUCUCGAGUCUGAUAGUGAAGAUUCUGAUUCAGAUCUUAGUGCAGUAGAAAUUGAUUCGGAUAUUGAAAAAGAAAAGCAAAUUUCAUACGAUAGAGACCUUUACAGAGAUGAUUAUCAAAAAAUAAAAAAAUUAGUGAAAACAGAACUGCCAGCAGGUGAAAAAAGAAAAAAACAACCUGAAGAAGGUCUAAUAUUAGAUUAUGUAUUCGGUUAUCGUGGCUAUGAUUGCCGAGAUAAUGUAUUUUGUAUAAAAAGUGGUGAAAUUGUCUAUCAUGUUGCGGCUUUGGGAAUUGUUCUAAAUUCUGAAACACAAAAACAGCGUUAUUAUUCUGGUCAUACGGACGAUAUUUUAUGUUUAACUGCUUGUCCGAAUACUUCAUUGGUUGCCUCAGGACAGAUUGGUCGUGAUCCACCAGUGCAUGUAUGGGACGCUGAAUCAAUGGCUACCAGUGCUAUUUUAAAAGGGCAACAUUCUAGGGGAGUAUGUGCAGUUGGAUUUUCAAGUAAGAAUUUUAGAAAUUAUUUGCACUUAUUUUUUUUCGAACAAAUUAACUAAUGCCCCACAGUGCACAUUCAGGCGGAAAUUUGAGCAAAAAUCGACAAGUGAGCUUUUUUGAAUUCGAACAGUAGUAAAUGUAGUCCUUGAAAAGCGCUAUCGAAUGGUAUAUAAUGAUCGACUAGUAAUGAACUCCUUCGA